AUGGGGAUGAGAGUGAGUCGUUACUGGAACAACAUUGCGAUGACGUUGGGAGAUGAUGACGACGUUGAAAGAGAAGGAAAGGGUGCGGGGAAAGGCAACAGACAACGAAACAUGCAAGUCAAAAUCGAGCAGCCGGGGUUUAAUGCGACAGACACCCAAAGGCUCUCCUCCAGAGGAGAUGCGGGCUUCCAUGUUGAUCUCGAGGGUUUGGCUGGUCGUGGUCAGAGUCGUUUGGUCGAUCUCCGCGUGUAUUCGGUCCGCGAAGUCUUUGAGCGCUGCCGUGCGCUUAAUUCAGUUCUCGUUGACGACCGCCAACUCACUCUGCAGGCAGUGCACGGCCUCGGCGCGCGCCUUUUUGGUGCCUUCGAGCUUUACUGUGAGCUCCUGGACGUAGACGGCGCUGGCGGACUCGACACGCUCCUGCUGACGGGCAGGAGGAGCAAGGACAGUCUGCAGCUCCAGGGAGGGGCGGAGGUAAAGGAAGCCUCCACGGGCCCCUGCACCCGCCGUUAA